AUGGCUCGGCAUGUUCUUCGCGGCACAAGUUUCGCACUCGUAACCACCGUGCUCCUCUCUGUGCUGCUGGGACCAGGGAGCAACAAAGUCGAGGAGUCCUCCUCCUCCUCGUCGUCGUCCAUGGCGGACGUGUACAAAGGCGAGCUGACGCCGCUGCAGAGGCACGUCGCCUUCUUCGACCGCAACAAGGACGGCAUCAUCUACCCCUCCGAGACAUACCAAGGGUUCCGAGCUAUCGGGUGUGGCGUCGCCCUGUCUGCUGCCGCUGCCGUCUUCGUCAACGGUGGACUUGGACCCAAGACCGUACCGGAGAACGAGAAGACUGCGCCUUUCAAGCUCCCAAUUUACGUGAAGAACAUCCACAAGGGCAAGCACGGAAGCGAUUCAGGCGUCUACGAUUCCAACGGAAGAUUUGUCCCUGAAAAAUUUGAGGAGAUUUUCAAGAAGUAUGCCCACACCAGGCCUGAUGCUCUUACAGGCAAAGAGCUACAGGAGAUGCUGCAAGCAAACAGGGAACCUAAAGACUUGAAAGGAUGGCUAGGUGGCUUCACAGAAUGGAAGGUGCUGUACUCCCUGUGCAAAGACAAGGACGGGUUUCUCCACAAAGACACUGUCAGGGCAGUCUACGAUGGCAGCCUGUUCGAAAGGUUGGAGCAAGAGAGGAACUCAAAGAAAGAAUCGAGUAAGAAGAAAUGA